GCUCCAAAAUGAAGGUCUUCACCGAGUUUUUAAAAAGUUACAAAACAUGCGUUAGCUCUCAGCGUUAUGAGAAACCCUGCACAGACUUUGGUUGGAAAUAAAGACGUUGCAUUCUGCAGCAAAGGAGGAAAGGCACUCAGCAUACUUUACAUCUGGAUGAAAUGGGUCUAUUCACUGCAUUCCCUCCCGUGGACCCUUCAAUGCUUCUGCAGAUAGAUCUGUGGCAGUCUGUGCGCAUGUGCGAAGGUGUCCCAGACUGACAAUGCUGGAGAGAUAGCGGGUUUUGGAUUGAGAAACCCAGAGAAAAAGGACAGAGAAAAAACAAAAAGGAGGAAAAAAGAUCCAAGAAAAAAUCCAAACAAACCCACGCCGAGAGACUGGCACCAUGAGGUCCAAAGGCAGGGCACGGAAACUGGCCACGAGUGAUGGUGACGACGAGUUUGCCCUCUACCCACCCGACAUCUUGGACGACGUGUGCGGCUCUGACGGUGAUCCCACACCUUCCUCGGUCCUGGCGGAGGACCCAGCUUCCCCUCUGCUCUCCGACGACGAGGCUUCACCCCAGCACCCUCUGUCAUUCCAACACCCGGGCAUCUUUUUACCCCAAGAAGAUUUGACCGUUCCCCUGGACUUUGAACUGCGAGAGUCGGCAGUGCCAGGCGGAGGUCUGGGCAUCUGGAGCCACAGGAGGAUCAAAGUCGGGGAGCGCUUUGGACCCUACGAAGGAGAGCACAUGCCUUAUCUUCGGGACCCCACUCAAGGCUGGGAGAUCUUGGAUGGGUCAGGCCAUGUAAAAUUCUGCAUUGAUGCCAGCAAGCCAGAUAUCGGGAGCUGGCUGAAGCACAUCCAGUUUGCCCCUGCGGCCAAGCAACACAACUUGACCGCGUGCCAGAUAGAUGAUCAGAUCUUCUACAAAGCCACCCGAGAGAUUUUCCCCGGUGAAGAGCUGCUACUUUUCAUGAAGGCUGAGGAGUAUUCAUGUGACAUCAUGCCUCCUGAUAUUCAUGAGGAGAGGCAGUACCGCUGUGAGGACUGUGAGCAGCACUUUGAGUCCCGCAGCCAGCUAAUGGACCACCAGAAGCAGCCGUGUGGGAUGCCCCCCUCCUCCUUCCUUAACCCAGAGGGGGACAGUGACAUGCAGGACCAAGAACCUGAAGACCUGCGAUCCCUCCACAUGUCCCACGGCCUACACGAGUGUAAGGAGUGUGACCAGGUGUUCCCCGAUGUCCAGAGUCUGGAGGCCCACACUAUGUCCCACACUGACGACAGGGAGUAUAAGUGUGACCAGUGUCCCAAGGCCUUCAACUGGAAGUCAAACCUGAUCCGGCAUCAGAUGUCGCACGACAACGGCAAGCACUACGAAUGUGAAAACUGCUCAAAGCAGGUGUUCACAGACCCCAGUAACCUGCAGAGGCACAUCCGCUCGCAGCAUGUGGGGGCGCGGGCCCACGCCUGCCCCGACUGCGGCAAGACGUUCGCAACAUCUUCAGGCCUCAAGCAGCAUAAGCACAUCCACAGCAGUGUCAAGCCCUUCAUGUGCGAGGUCUGCCACAAGUCCUACACCCAGUUCUCUAACCUGUGCCGCCACAAACGCAUGCACGCUGACUGCCGCACGCAGAUCAAGUGUAAGGACUGUGGGCAGAUGUUCAGCACCACGUCUUCCCUCAACAAGCACCGGCGCUUCUGUGAAGGGAAGAACCAUUUCACAGCGGGGGGAUUGUUUGCCCAGGGUAUGCCGCUCUCUGGCGCCCCUGGUUUGGACAAAUCAGCUCUGGCGAUGGGCCAUGGUGGUGCGGGGCUCGCUGAUUACUUUGGGGCAAGUCGGCACCACAGCGGGCUGACCUUCCCCGCCGCACCGGGGUUUCCUUUCAGCUUCCCCGGCCUCUUCCCCUCUGGACUCUACCACCGGCCUCAGCUCAUUCCCGCCAGCUCUCCUAUCAGACAACCCGUCCACGCACCUCUCCCUGGGCCGGAGCUCAAUAAGAGUCCACUGCUGCCUCCGAGCCCUGGACUUCAGGAGUCCCGGGAGCUCCUUAAAGCUCUCCGUAAAGAUGGUGGCAGUCAAAUGGCAGGAUUGGAGCGCCAUGGCCAGAGCUCCUCGUCCUCCACGAAGCAGCGGAACAAGCAGAGCGACCUGUCAGAGAGCAGCGACCUGGACGACGUCAGCACGCCCAGUGGGAGCGAUCUGGAGAGCACAUCGGGCUCAGAGCUGGAGAGCGACAUGGACAGUGAGAGGGAGAGGGGGGCUGCUCGCGAAAAUGGCAAAGGCCCCAAGAGGAAGGCCAGUGAAGGAGGCCUUCAGUGCCCCAGCCUGACAGGCAGCAGUGCUGCCAAAGACUUACCAGGCCCUUCCCUCCUCCCACCCUCGCUGGACGAGCACACAGCCGUAACGGGCGCUGUGAAUGACUCUAUUAAGGCCAUCGCCUCCAUUGCUGAGAAGUACUUUGGCUCCACAGGGCUGUCCGGUCUGCAGGACAAGAAGGUGGGAUCCCUGCCCUACCCCUCUAUGUUCCCGCUGCCUUUCUUCCCAGCUUUUUCUCCCCCAGUUUACCCUUUUCCAGACAGGGACCUCAGACCUACAGCCCUGAAGGUCGAGUCGCAGUCUCCACCAGAGGACAGCAAAAAGGCCCCGGCCAAGUCUGUCACCGAGUCACCGUUCGACCUCACUACUAAGCGGAAGAUGGAGAAGUCGGCCACAUUUGCCCCCUCCAAACCCGGGGCCUCCCACUCCAGCGGUCAGGACCAGCCUCUGGACCUGAGCCUGGGGGGUCGGGGACGAGGAGGAAACGCAAGAGACGAGGAGACGAGGGGCAACAUGGGGUGUGAGGAGGAGAAGGUUGUGGUGGAGAUCCCGAAAGCUGACACCUCCCUGCAGCACGCCAGGCCCACCCCUUUCUUCAUGGACCCCAUCUACAGGGUUGAGAAGAGGAGGAUGAGCGAUCCGUUUGAGACUCUGAAAGACAAGUACAUGCGACCAGCCCCCGGCUUCCUCUUCCAUCCACAGUUUCGUUUGCCAGAUCAGAGAACUUGGAUGUCGGCCAUCGAGAACAUGGCGGAAAAGCUGGAGACGUUUGGCUCCCUGAAGCCCGAGUCCGGUGACCUGCUGCGCUCCGUCCCCUCCAUGUUUGACUUCAGAGCCCCCCCCUCCGCACUUCCAGAGACGCUGCUGCGCAAGGGCAAGGAGCGCUACACCUGCAGAUAUUGUGGAAAGAUAUUCCCACGCUCUGCCAACCUGACCCGCCACCUCAGGACUCACACGGGAGAGCAACCGUAUAGGUGUAAAUACUGCGACCGCUCCUUCAGCAUCUCCUCCAACCUGCAACGCCACAUCCGCAACAUCCACAACAAGGAGAAGCCCUUCAAGUGCCACCUGUGUGAUCGCUGCUUCGGUCAGCAGACCAACCUGGACCGCCACCUCAAGAAGCACGAGAACGGCAACCUGUCGGGCACUGCGAUGUCGUCCCCUCGUUCUGAAGUGGACGGUAGCAGCGCCAUUUUGGACGACAAGGAGGACUCUUAUUUUAAUGAAAUCAGAAAUUUCAUCAGCAACACGGGCCAGAGCCAGACCUCACCGGACCCCUCUGAGGAAGGGUUAAACGGCGGCCCGUUCGAGGAGGAGAAGCCGCUGAUGGCGAGCCGCGGGUCACGUGACCUGGAAGACGAGGAAGCGGAGGAACUCGGGGCCGAUGAAGAGGAAGGAGAGGAGCCGGGCAGCCUCCCUGGGAAACAGGAAGACGAGGCGCUUCCCAGGGGCCUCGGUGACGACACCAUACAGGACGAGAUGGACUUCAGCGGACCCAACGACUUGAACCUCAACUGCAAGACCUCUCCUCGGAGGUAUAAAGAGGAGGACGAGGAGGAGGAAGAGCAGAGCAGCUACUCAGCCUUGGAUCAUAUCCGUCACUUUUCCGACAUGCGAAAGCUGGAUGAGAGCGAGAUGAGCGACGGAGACGGAGAUGAAGACGAUGGAUCGUUUGGCUCCCCGUCUCUCUCAGACGCUGUCAAACAGCCGCUCUUUAGGAAGUCUAAGUCUCAGGCGUAUGCCAUGAUGCUGUCCCUGGCUGAGAAGGACUCUCUCCACCCAGCCUCACACACCCCGGCCACCAUGUGGCACAGUCUGGCCCGGGCUGCUGCUGAAUCCAGUGCCAUCCAGUCCCUGAGCCACGUAUGAUGACACCCCCUCAGCGCUUUCCUUUCACCUUUCAACCCCCCUAAAAAAACCUGACCUAUGGCACUGGGAGCCCAUUGCAGGGUGCGCCGGGCCCCUGAUCGUCCACAGAGUGACUGCUGAGCAGAACCACGGCCCAUCUCGACUGCUGAGCGGAGCGCCUCACACACCGAGCAGGGAACCCCCCCCGACACCUCCAACAGAUAGAGAGCAACUCGUCCCUCUGAGAAUUGAUUUCUUACACCAAACAAGGAUGAUAGCAAAGAUAAUGAUCGUGGUGAAAAUAAUAAUAAUAGCUGUAUUUAUUCUGCUGAAUUUCUAUGUUUUGCACAGCAAAGGCAGCUGGCGGACAAGGAAGAUGGACGUGCUGAUGUCUCAAUGCUACACAUUUAUUGGCCAGCACGUAGAGAGUCGUGUCUCUAAGACAGCCGGUUUCCGCCUUGUGUGUUUCACUGUGCCCUGACAAAAGCAUCAUUAUAUCAUAAUACAGGAAUUCCCCUUUAUUAACCCCCAGAGAUCCACAGGUGUUUCUCAUAAAGACAUGUAGGCCUACUUGAUGAUUAAAAAAAGAAUGAAGGGUGGGGUUAGCAGCCUCGAAUGAAAACCGCUCCAUGUACGGACAGCGCUAGAGGCGCUUCGAUAUCACUGAAGUCACUGAAGAACAAAUAUUAAAAAAAAGUAAUUGCUGAACUGAAAUCAGGCCAGUUUCCCAUCUGCGUUUUCAUAGCUGCGUGUGUCUGCACAAUCAUAGCACUGUACACGAGUGUCUCUCCGUCUGCCCGCCUGCGCUAUCUGUGAAAGGAUAUAAAUAGAUUGUCUUUUUAGUGGAAGAGAAGAAAACACUUUUUACUGAAAUUAGUAGCCAGAAGUUAAUUGUUGUUCUGUAAAGGGCAUCUGUCUUUUUUCUCCCCAAUCCAUCCUAGUCAGCCAACAAUACCACUAAAUAGCCUGAAUGCUAGCCGUUAGCUCCUCCAUGCUCGUGUGUCUUUCAUUUUUUUUUAGACAAUCAUGAUUUUGUUUCCAUUCUUUCCGUUGGUGUUGUUGUUGUUAUUUGCUGUUGUAUGUUGAGAAUUGUAUUUAUUUCUUGGCAAACUGUAGUUUGUUUACUGAAUAGCACUGCUCUUAGCCCAGGUGAGAGAG